AUGAUCAUCAUAUCUUCCUUCCAUGGAAAUUAAGAAAAGAAAAGGAAAUUUUUUUUUACUAUGUCGGAAAUCUGAAUAUAUGUUAUUGGGAGAGACUGUGCUGUCAAGUUUCACAUUCUUUUAUUUUUCCUUUUCAUUGUCACAGUGAUUCCAACACUUUUUAGUUAUCAAUUCUCAUUUCUGGUUAUCUCUUAUUCGACUUCAUGAUGUCCGCACGGUUUUGUCGCCGUCGUUUUUGCGGACUGUGAGCGAACAGAUACUUCUGCUCCUCUUUCCCCCGGGGCAUAUGCUGAAGAAAGAUCCAAGGCCCAUUUGUCUCUGUCUCUGAGUGGUAUUUGGGCGACCCAUUUCGUUUGAAUGCAAAUUUUUAGCAUCUUGUGGUAGAUUCUUGUGUUUCGCGGUAUGUAUUGAUGUGCUAUGAAGUUUCUUUGCUGGGUAUUCUGCUUUGUGAUUAUUCAUUGGAAGCUAGUCUAAGAAGUCCAUUUUAGAUCAGGAGGGUAGCUGUAAGUACAAAGAUUAAAGCACAUUGCUCGGGAUUGAGGGAGAAUUAAGUGAUUUGAACUGGGGUCUCAUAGUAAAUUGGAAUGCUGUGUUUCUUUGAACCCUUUAAGAUGCUUCGAUAAUUAAACUGAAGUAGUUUUUGAUUUUGCUGAUUUGCUGGGUUGUUGGUGAUUGGAUAGGAUAAUUCUUACAAGAUUGCUAGAAUGCUUAUCUGCAGUAAUUCUGAUAAUAUACAACACUCGUUGAGAGUUGAGUCAACAACUUGGCAGGAUUGAGUUAAACUUUUUUCCAUGGCAUCUAUUAGAAGGACCUUGUCUCCAGUGCCUAGAGCUGGAAAUUCAAUGAAUGGGGAAGUUUGUCAAGUCCCUUCUUCCUUGUCCAAGUCAUCAUCUAGUAGUCAGAACUAUCCCCCAUCUGGUGGAUUGUUAUGUUCUCUUCUCGGCUUAUCAGAUUCCCAAGCUCUUGUUCUUGGCGUUUUCUCGCUGAGAUCUUCUAAACCCCUUGAGAGGUCAAAAUCGAAAGGGCAAGUUUGGAGGAGGUCCCUUUUACAUUUCUUCAUAUGUUUUGUGGUUGGAUCGUUCAUCGGACUAACACCGUUGAUGAAGUUAUCCAUGAAUUAUAUGUCCAAGUGCCAAGCAUUCUCCUUUGACAUGGUACCAGGUGUUGGAAAAUUUCAAAAUUAUGAUAGUGCGAUAAGUAGCAGGACUACUCUGAUGGGCAGUCAAGCUGUUGAGAAAAAUGUCACAUUGCGGCCUCUAGUGAAUGAACAAGAGUUAGAAGUGGAAAUUUCUGGUGGUGUUGAGAAUAAUGUCACAUUGCAGGUUCGCGUGAAUGAACAGGAACAAAAUGCAGGGAUUUCAGAUGAUGCCAUUUCUAACCAAUCACUCCCUCAAGAUUCAACUUUGGCGCUUCAGAAGCUUUUGAUAAUUGUGACCCCUACGUAUCCUCGUCUAUUUCAAGCCUAUUAUCUGAACCGUUUAGCUCAAACUCUGAAACUUGUCCAACCUCCACUAUUGUGGAUAGUUGUGGAAAUGACCUCUCAGUCCAUGGAAACUGCUGACCUCCUAAGGAGAACUGGGGUUAUGUAUAGGCAUCUUGUUUGCAAUAAAAAUCUAAGCGAUAUUAGAGAUAGAAGUGUUCACCAGAGAAACGAGGCGCUGUCUCAUAUUGAAACUCACCAUCUCGAUGGAAUUGUUUACUUUGCAGAUGAUACUAACAUUUACUUGGCUGAUCUUUUUGAGCAAUUGAGACAAAUCAGGCAGUUUGGGACUUGGCCAGUGGCCAAACUAUCUGGGAGCAUGAACAAAGCAUUCUUAGGGGGACCUAUUUGUAAUGGAACUCAAAUAAUUGGAUGGCACAUAAAUGAGUCAAAUAGAAGAUUUCGGAGAUUCCAUACUGAAAUGACGGGGUUUGCUUUCAAUAGUACCAUACUUUGGGAUCAAAAGCGAUGGCACCGACCCACACUUGAACCUGUUAGACAGCUUGAUACAGUAAGAAAUGGCUUACAGGUAAGCACAUUUAUUGAGCAACUUGUGGAGGAUGAAAGCAAAAUGGAAGGCUUACCAGAAGGCUGCUCAAGAAUCAUGGUUUGGCAACUUCAUCUUGAAACAUCUAAUUUCUUCUAUCCGCCCAAAUGGUUAAUGAAGGACAAUCUAGAUGCCAUUGUGCCACUCAUGUUAAAUUCUUGAAACAAGAAGACUAAAGUGGUGAGGAAACCUCUGGUCAAGAAUUAUGAAAUAUCAUUAUGCUAGCGGUGACAAACUCUUUGUCCACAAUACCGUUAUCAUGGAAUGUCUAUCCAUGUUGCCAGUUGAUAUACGUGCCUCGUUUUUCUGACAGCCGAGGAAUUGAAAAUUGCGGACAAGGUGUAAGCCUGGUUUUUGUACAGUUAUGGUUCUCUACUUCAUCCACUGCUGCCCUUCUCGAUGUCGUGAAAUUUCAAGCAAUUAGUUGAUUUGGCAUCAGUCAGCCAAGUUUCAGGCCAGAUAUUGUGUCAUUGUCCUAUUAGUCUGUGUUCAGUUCCAUGAUAUUGCUAUUUUUCUGUGGAGGAGACUGGAGAGAAAGCAGUUUUGAAUGUUCUGUUGCUGCUUGUGGGCUAGUGAAAAGUCUGAAAUGAAUAUAUAUAAAACUUGACCUCUUCUUCUUCGUGCACUCUGAAA